AUGCAAUUAUCCUGGAAGGACAUUCCUACGGUUCCGACGUCAAAUGACUUAUUGGAUAUCGUUUUGAAUAGGACGCAACGUAAAACACCUACGGUCAUUAGACCAGGUUUCAAGAUCACCCGUAUUAGAGCAUUCUAUAUGCGUAAAGUGAAGUUCACUGCUGAAGGUUUUGUGGAGAAGUUCGAUGAUCUAUUGAAAGGUUUCCCAAACAUUAAUGAUAUCCAUCCUUUCCACAGAGAUCUAAUGGAUACUCUUUAUGAGAAGAACCACUACAAGGUUUCUUUGGCAGCUGUGUCCCGUGCCAAGACAUUAGUGGAACAGGUUUCAAGAGAUUAUGUGAGGCUAUUAAAGUUUGGUCAGUCUCUUUUCCAAUGUAAGCAAUUGAAGCGUGCUGCCUUGGGUAGAAUGGCUACUAUUAUGAAGAAGUUGAAGGAUCCUUUGGUAUACUUGGAACAGGUCAGACAACAUUUGGGUAGAUUGCCAUCUAUUGAUCCAAAUACCAGAACGCUCGUUAUCUGUGGUUAUCCAAAUGUUGGUAAAUCCUCAUUCUUAAGAUCUAUCACUAAGGCGGAUGUGGAGGUUCAACCAUAUGCUUUCACAACCAAAUCAUUGUACGUUGGACAUUUUGACUACAAGUACUUAAGAUUCCAAGCUAUUGAUACUCCAGGUAUUUUGGAUAGACCUACUGAGGAAAUGAACAAUAUCGAAAUGCAAUCUAUUUAUGCUAUUGCUCACUUGCGUUCUACAGUAUUGUACUUUAUGGAUCUAUCUGAACAAUGUGGUUUUACUAUAGAGGCGCAGGUUAAGCUCUUUAACUCUAUCAAGCCUCUGUUUGUGAACAAGUCUGUUAUGGUUGUUAUUAACAAGACCGAUAUCAUUAGACCAGAAGAUCUAGAUGAAGAACGCCAGAGAAUGGUCCAAUCCUUAAUGGAGACUCCAGGUGUUGAGAUUAUGACAGUUUCCUGUAUUAACGAGGAAAAUGUUAUGGCCGUCAGGAACAAAGCUUGUGAAAAGUUGCUAGCUACCAGAAUAGAAAACAAGCUUAAAUCUCAGACUAGAAUCAACAAUGUGUUGAACAAAAUACACGUUGCUCAACCUCAGAAACGCGAUGAUGGUAUUGAAAGAUUGCCAUAUAUUCCAGAUGCUUUCAAGAACAAGAAGAAUUAUGAUGCAGAAGAUCCGGAACGUAAGAAGCUGGCUAGAGAAAUCGAGGCUGAAAACGGUGGUGCAGGUGUCUUUAGCAUGAACCUAAAGGAGAACUACCUUUUGGAAGAUGACGAGUGGAAGAACGAUGUUAUGCCAGAAAUUCUAAAUGGUAGAAACGUCUAUGAUUUCUUGGAUCCCGAAAUCGCUGCUAAAUUGCAGGCAUUGGAAGAGGAAGAACAAAGAUUGGAAGAAGAAGGCUUCUAUGAUUCCGAUGAAGAUGCAUUAAAUGGAUUCAAUGAAGAUGAAGUGAGAGACAUUGAAGAGAAGGCCGCUUGGAUUAGAGACAAGCAAAAGAAGAUGAUUAACGCCGCCAGGAAUAGAAAGUCGUUGAAAAACCGUGGUACAAUGCCUCGUUCAAAAAUGGCCAAAUCUUUCAACGAUAUGGAGAAGCAUAUGGUGUCUUUGGGUCACGAUAUGACAACCUUGCAAUCCAAGCAACAAGAAGCUAUCUCCAAGAGCCAGUAUGUCGAAACUGGUGCCGAUGUGGUAUAUGGUCACCAAGAUUCAUCUGUACCAGCCGGAAAGUUGAGGCAAACCGACAGGUUAACUGACGGUGUCUCAGAUGGCGCUUUGAGAAGUAAGGCUGAUAGAAUGGCUAAAUUACAAAGAAGAGAAAGAAAUAGACAAGCAAGACAGGGUGAGGCAGACAGGCAUUCGACAGCUUCCUUACCCAAACACUUGUUUUCUGGUAAGCGUGGUAUUGGGAAGAACGACCGUCGUUGA